CCAGCCCUUGCUCGCGCUCGCUAGCUCCCCUGCGUGCACAUGCAGAGCCUCGACUUCUUCCCAAAGACCCAGCCGGGGCUGACGGAGCGCACCUUGAGCGGUGGCGUCAUCUCGGCCGCCUCGCUGCUCUUCGUCCUCUGGGCCGGUGCCUCUGAGCUCUCCGACUGCUGGCGCGUCGUCACCGACGAGAGGCUCGUGCCACAGGCGACGUCCGAGCACUCCAACACGCUGUCGAUCAACCUGGACGUGGUCUUCCCGUCGACGCCGUGCUCCGAGGUUGUCGUCGAACUCACCGACGAGACUGGACGCGAGCAGCUCCGGCCCACCGACUCGCUCUCCAAGCUGCGCAUGUCUGCUGGAGGCAGCCCAGUCGGCCUCCCCGAGGAGCUCGGCUUUGAGGCUCGCGCGGCGCUCGGCGUGCGGAUGCGACGCUUCAUGCACAUGCUGCACGAUUGCAUCGUCGCCCUCCUCUCCUUCUCCGCCACCUCGGGCUGUGCGCGCGACUACACGGCGCCUUGCCCGUCAGACUGGGAGCACCAGGGCCGAGGCAUGUGCGAGGCCCCGUCGUGGUACUUUGGCAGCUGCCCGCAGUCGGCCGGCUUCUCCGGCUACAGCGACGCGGACAAGCGAGAGUGGGCGGCGCGGUGUGGCGCUAAUUGGGCGUGCCUCGAGCACGGCCACCACACCUCGCGGCCGGUCCUGAUGCGCGGCUGGAACGCGACGGUCGCGACCGCCGUCACCGGCGACGCGCUCCUGCGGCUGCGCGCAAAGAUGGGUACCCGCCGAGCGGAGGCGACGGCGGGGGAGGCGGCGGCGGCGGCGGCGGCGGCGGCGGGACUCGGGGACGCGGCGGCGGCGGCGGCGGCGGUGGCGCAGGCGGCAGGCCCGGGCGGGGCGGCGGAGGCGGCGCGGGUGGCCGAGGUGCUCGCCACGGCGGUGGAGUACCACUGGCCGGCGUCCGAGGCGGGCAGCACGCCAGACCACCUCCUCGCCGCAGGGCUGGCAGACACGCUCAGCUCCCGCUUGCGACCGCUGCUCGCCAACGCGCCCUCGACGCUCGCUCCCGACGACGCGGCGGCGGAGCGGGCGGAGGACGACGCGCAGAGCCGGCUGAGGCUGGAGCCGGAGGCGGUGGCGGACCCGGCCAGCUUCUUGACGAGCCGGUGCGACGCGGCCUCCGCCUCGCUGCGGCGGGUCGAGGCGUUGGCAAAGGGGUCGGACGGGGGGGCGGCGGCGGCGGCGGAGGUGCACAAGUCGUGGCUCCGCGCGGCGGAGGAGGUGGAGAGGCUCGACGACGCGCUGCACGGCUUUGUGGGCGACGAGGAGGUGUCUCGGCGGCACGGGUACUCGGGUUUGCGCGCCAACCUGACGGCGAUGCUCUCGGAGGCGACGCACCUCUCGCCGGGUGAGGCGGCGCACGCGUCGCUCGCGGCGGCGGUGGAGGAGAUGCUCACAACACUUGGUGAGCUCGAGGAGGGCGCGGACGGCGACGAGCGGCAGCGGCUCGAAGCGCUGCUCGAGGCUCGGAUGGCGCAGUUGCUGCGAGCGCUCGAGCUCCUCUCGGGCGGCCAGGAUGGCGAGGGUUGCGCCGUGUUCGGGUCGCUCUCCGCGCCGCGCGUCGCCGCGUCGCUCCGCAUCUCGCCCGCGCACUCCCGCGCCGACGGGCGGGUGCCGCACGCGAGGGCCAUGCCGCGCUUCGAGGCGCGGCACGCGGAUCGCUUCAACGCUUCGCACACGAUCCGCCACCUGUCGUUUGGCGCUUUCUUCCCCGGCAAGCUGCACCCGCUGGACGGCGUGUCAAAGGCGACCGGCAGCGGCGCGGCGGAGAUGCGCUAUCUUCUCAAGGUGGUGCCGUGCGCGCACACGGCGCUCGACGGCACCGUCACGCCCUCCUCCCUCUUCUCCGUGACGGAGCACACGAGGCAGGUGCAGUGGCGGGCCGGCUCGCGCUCGUCGCUGCCGGGCGUGCUGCUGCAGUACGACAUCGUCGGCCAGAAGGUCGUCCUCACCGAGCGGCGCGGCGCGGGGCUGCUGCGGGCGGUCGCGCGCGUGUGCGCCCUCGUGGGCGGCGUGUUCACGGUAGCGGGGAUCGUCGACUCGCUCGUCUACCAGAGCGUAAAGCAUUCGCUCGGCAAGCAAAGCUAGGUGGCGUGUGGUUGUUGCUGCGCGUUGUGUGAUGUCAGUGUCUCUUGCGACUACUUUUGGUUUAUUCGGGUACCGCGCGCGAACCGCGAUGG